GUUGUAACAAUUUAGAUUGUGAAUUAGCGUUAGCCUUACUGCAUACAGUUAAUUAAGUUACCUACAAAGCUAGGUGCAAUAAGGCAAGGUUGGAUUUAAAAUUCAAUCAAAUAAGGAGUACGUUGAGCAUUCGAAUUUCGUAUCAAAAAACGAAUUUGCGUUCUGUCAGAAUGGCCGAUUACGACUGGAAUGAACACCAUCGGCAGCAGGUGUUGCAGGGGCGACAAAUAUUGGAACGCACUUCCGCCAGCCUAGCUCGAUCGAAUCAGAUUGCCAUCGAAACCGAACACACGGGUCAUGAAGUUAUUUCCGAACUGGAGGUGCAACGGGAAUCAUUACUUCGUAGCCAGCGACGGUUGGAAAAUGCCAACGACGAUUUAAGCCGAUCCGGUGCCAUAAUUCGUGCUAUGAAACGGAACGUGCUAUAUAACAAGCUUAUCCUUAUUCUGAUCAUCGUAAUGGAGACUGUCAUUCUCGCCGGUUUGAUCGCGUUAAAGUUCAUGUAAUCGAACAAAUCUUCGCUAAUCAAUACCAAAAAGCGUUUCAGCUCGACGCCUUUAUGCAAAUUAACAAGCUACUGUAAAGUGAAAAUUCGUUAAUC